AUGGAGGAUUCAAACCCCCUCAAGAACCUGGAGAACUUCAAGACCCAGAGACGGAGUCCGGUGCGCGUGCGAGAGGGCCAGGGUGUGGUGCUGCUUUGUGGUCCGCCACUCUACUCUGGAGAGCUCACCUUCUCCUGGAUCUUCAACGAGUACCCCACCUUCGUGGUCCAGGACACGCGGCGCUUCGUGUCCCAGAAGACGGGGAACCUGUACAUCGCCAAGGUGGAGCCCCUGGACGUGGGGAACUACACCUGCGUGGUGACCAACACCGUCACCAAGAGCAGCGUGCAGGGGCCGCCCGCGCCCCUGGUGCUGAGGGCCGACGGAGUGAUGGGCGAGUAUGAGCCCAAAAUCGAGGUGCAGUUCCCCGACAUCGUCCCCGUGGCCAAGAGCUCCACGGUGCGGCUGGAGUGUUUCGCGCUCGGAAACCCGGUGCCUAGCGUGAGCUGGCGGCGUCUGGACGGCACGGCGUUCGGCCGCAAGGUGGACGUGAACAAGGCGAGUGGCGUGCUGGAGAUCCCCUACUUCCAGCCCGAGGACGCCGGCGUCUACGAGUGCCUCGCCGAGAACUCCCGCGGACGCAACUCGGCCAAGGGGAAGCUGGCCUUCUACGCUCCCCCCCAGCUGCUGGAGAAGCCCCAGGACGCCCAGAAGCCGAUCGACGACACCCUGAUCUGGGAGUGCAAGGCCAGCGCCAAACCCAAGCCCUCGUACCGCUGGCUGAAGAACGGCGAGCCGCUGGACCCCAUGGAGGACAGAGUCCAGGUGAACAACGGGUUGAUGACCAUCAACAGUCUGAAGCUGUCUGACAUCGGGAUGUACCAAUGCGUCGCCGAGAAUAAACACGGCCGCGUGUUCACCAACACGGAGCUCCGAGUCAUCGCCACUGCUCCAGACUUCUCCCAGAACAUGCUGAAGGCCCAGACCCUGGCCCGCCUGGGGGGCGACGUGCUGAUCGAAUGCAGGCCCAAGAUGUCCCCCCGCGGCAUGAUCUCCUGGAGGAAGGGGAAGGAGGCGCUGAGGGAGAACCACAG